CAAGGGCGGCGCUGCCAUGGAAAUCAGAGUACCUGAAGAAAUUGUAGGGCAGAUAUUCUCAAAGCUACCGGCUAAAUCACUACUGCGUUUCAAGUGCUUAUCAAAAUCAUUGAAUUCUCUAAUCUCUAGUCCAAACUUCAUCAGGUCACACGUCCCACGAUCCCAAGGUGAUUUACCCAAAUUUGUUUGUGGUUCAUAUUUCUUUGAUGUUAAUACUGCAGUAGAAGCUAAGCCAGUUAAUGUCUCAGGCGCUGAUUUUGACUCUAACUAUUAUUCUAUCAUCGUAUGGAAUCCUUUGAUUAGAGAAUAUCGAAUAUUACCAAUGCCUGCAAGUGGUGAUUAUGUGUCUUAUGGUUUAGGUUAUGACUCUGUUACUGAUGAUUAUAAGGUGGUACAAUGUGGGUAUAGCAAAAAUCACUUGAUAAAGCAAAAUGCACUCAUUGUUCUUUCAUUGAAAUCGAAUUCUAUGCGAAAGCAUGAAAAUUUGAAGUUCAAUAUUAGUUAUGGUCAGGCAGGGACAUUUCUGCAUGGAGCUCUUCAUUGGGUGGCAGAAUUGGCAAAUUCCGGCUGGGUGGCGGAUUUUGCAAAUUCUGGGAAGAUUAUUGUUGCUUUUAACUUGGCAGAUGAGAAAAUAGUACAGCUGAAACUUCCUAAAGACAAUAAUGGUGUUCGUGGGAAUAAGUAUGAAUUAAGUGUCAUUAAAGGGUGCCUUUGUUACUACACUAUAAGCAGGAAUUCGACAUUUUGUUUAAAUAUUUGGGCAAUGAAAGAAUAUGGUACGACAUCGUCUUGGACCAAACUGAUAACCAUCCCACAAAAGAGAAUGCACAAAGUUUUAGGACAUUUUUGUUUUACAGGUAAUGCAGUUUUUAUGGUUAGUAAGUUAUGUGGUGGUAAUGCAAAAUUGAUACGGUACGAUUUGAAGAAUAAGAAAUUGAAGACAUUUGAGACUUUUGAACGUGUGCUUCCUAUAAUGGUAUCCUUCAUGGAGAGUUUAGUUUCACCAAUAUCAAAUUAA